CUUGGGCAAGUCGUUUGAGUUCUCUGGGUCUCGGGUACCUCAUCUGUAAAAUGGGGAUUAAGACUGUGAAACUCACGAGGGUCAUGGACGACGUCUAACCCUGUUUCUUGUAUCUACCCCAGCCCUUAGCACAGUGCCCGGCACAGAGUAAGUGCUUAAUGAAUGGCAUAAAAAAAGAUCACCCCAAUACACACACACACACACUGAGUCCCUUCAUACUCGUGUGCACAGGAAUUCCCUAACACACACACAAUCUCAGAAGUUUCCCCAUCCCCCUCCCUGCACAGGGCCAGAUGGCGGGAGGCUGAGCUGCCAAUCCCCUUAACAGCCCUGGCAGGAGAAGAUGGAGAAGUUGGGGGCUGGGGGUGAAGGAGGUUGGCUUGACCAUGCCUGGGCCAUAAGUUCAGCUGGUCAGACAGGAAAGGGAGCCGGGCCCCGCCCAGCUGGCCCAUCUGACCAGUGUCAGCCCUAGUCAGGUCAUGUUCGAUUCCUUUAGUGCCACAACUGCGACCCCUGGCCCCUGAAUCCGACCUCCCUGCAGUGUCCUGGAAUGGUGGGAGGUGAGGAGAAGGACAGAGGACCCCUGGACUCGGCCCCACGGCACAACUGGCCCAACCAAGUCCUGGCCGACGCCGAGGCCCAUCAGGACCCCCAGUCCAGGCUCUGCCCCCGCUCCCUGGCCCAGGCGUCCAGCUGCUGUGGCUCCUGGCCUGGCUCCUGCCCGCCUCACUGGCCGCAGCUCGGGGAGCCUGCCAGCAGCCGCCUGCUCUACACCCUGCUGCACGUCGGAGCUUCGGCCGCCUGUUGCCUCCUGCUGUCCAGCCCCUCGCUGGACGCUCUGGCCGAGAAGGUGCCCCUGCCCUGGGGCCUGUGUGCGCGCCUGUCCAGCCACCGGGACUGUGCGGCCCUGCGCGGCCCGGGGGCCGUGUACCGCGUGUGUGCGGGGACCGCCACCUUCUACCUGCUGCAGGCCACCCUGCUCCUCCACGUGCGCUCCCCGUACAGCACCCGCGCCCGCCUGCACCACGGGUUCUGGUUCCUGAAGUUCCUGCUCCUGCUGGGCCUCUGCGUGGCAGCUUUCUGGAUCCCGGAUGAACACCUUUUCCCAGCCUGGCACUAUGUGGGCAUCGGAGGUGGCUUCGCCUUUAUUCUGCUGCAACUGGUGCUCAUCACCGCUUUCGCCCACAGCUGGGACCGUAAUUGGAUGACAGGGGCGGCCCAGGACGGACGCUGGCUGCUGGCGGUGCUGCUGGCCACACUGGCAUUCUACUGCGUGGCGGUGGUGGGUGCCGGGCUGCUUUUCCGGCACUACACCCGCCCGGCCGGCUGCCUGCUCAACAAAGCCCUGCUGGGCCUGCACCUCGGCCUCUGCGGCCUGCUCUCCUGCCUCUCACUGGCCCCCUUCGUCCGGCGCAGGCAGCCUCGCUCUAGCCCUCUGCAGACCUCCAUCAUCAGCUGCUACAUCAUGUACCUGACCUUCUCGGCCCUGUCCAGCCGACCCCCGGAGCAGGUCCUGCUCGGGGGGCAGAACCGGACCAUGUGCCUGCCCAGCCUGGACUCCCCGGGACAACAAGCGCCAGGCACCUCUCUGGCCGUGCUGAGCGCUGGCAUCAUGUACACCUGCGUGCUCAUCGCCUGUAACGAGGCCUCCUACCUGGCAGAGGUGUUCGGGCCCCUGUGGAUGGUCAAAGUUUACAGCUACGAACUCCAGAAACCAUCGCUAUGCUUCUGCUGCCCUGACCGGGUGAACCUGAAGGAGGGAGGGCCGCCUGGGGGAGAGGAGGGACCGGUGCCUCCCGCAGCUCCACAGGGGCCUCCCGACAAGGCCCAGCGACUUCCUUACAGCUACUCGGCCUUCCACUUCGUCUUCUUCCUGGCCUCUCUCUACGUCAUGGUCUCUCUCACCGACUGGUUCAGUUACGAGGGGGCAGAAAUGGGCUCCACCUUUGUGAAGGGCAGCUGGGCCACGUUCUGGGUCAAGGUGGCCUCAUGCUGGGCCUGCAUCCUGCUCUACCUGGGCCUGCUGCUGGUUCCGCUCUGCAGGCCACUGGCCCGACCCCCGCGUCCCCGCCGCCGUCUCCGCCGUCUCCGCCACCGUCGCCUUCACCCGGUUUCUGCCUAACCUCUAACCGCCGCCUUCCGCCCCAGGGAGAGGUGGUGCCAGGGGUCAGGGAAGGGGGUCUGGGAGGCCCAGCCCCCUUGCAGGGUCUCCUAUCUCAGCCCCUCUGUCACUCUGACCCCCCCAGCUCCAACCCCUCCCCCGGCUUCCCGAAAGAUCAGAGCACCGGCAGAGGCUCUGUGCCCUUACUGCCCCUGUUCAGGGCUGCCUGUCUACCCCGACUCCCCUCCCCGGUCUAGCGCGUGGAGGAGGGGAAGAGAAGGGAUGGGGGAGUGGGGCAGGGGCUCAGCUUUCCCUGGCUGCUUAUGGCAGAAGGGAGCCGGGGUAGCCCUGUGACCACUCAGAGAGAGGCCUGGCAUCUGGGGCAGCGAGAAACCAGACCGGCUCUGUGAUCUGGCCGGAGGCGGGUCCCCGGAUCAUGUCCCACUCUAAAUAAAAGCAGCUUCUGACCCCCUU